CUGGCCUUGAUGUGGGACCGGCUCUGCACUUGUUGACGGUUUAGUAACUACUGUCUCUCUGCCCAGUAAGAUGUCUCUGGGCAGAUUAGCAGCCGUCCUCGUGGUGGCGACGGCGGUGAUUCUUCCCGCAGCGGCCGCCGAGGAAGACAUCAUUGCCAACACGGUGGAAGGAAAGAUCUCGGGAAUUAAGGAGGAAUCCCCUGGCGGAAGAACAUUCUUCUCCUUCUACAGCAUUCCCUUCGCCAAGCCGCCCGUCGGGAAGCUCAGGUUCAAGGACCCGGUCCCUGCCGAGCCAUGGGAAGGAGUGAAAAACGGCUCGUCCAUCUCUUCUGGUUGUCCUCAAUUCGGCUUCUUUGACUCCAUGGCAUUCGUGGGUUCCGAAGACUGCCUGUAUCUGAAUGUCUUUACUCCACAGUUACCAGAGGGUGCUGGCGACGACGGUCUGCCUGUGAUGGUGUACAUCCACGGAGGCGCCUUCUUCGGCGGGUCCGCUGACUUCUGUCGGCCGAAUAUCUUACUAGACGGAGAUAUUGUUGUGGUUACUAUCCAAUAUCGUCUUGGCACUCUGGGAUUCCUCUCCACCGAGGACGAAGUGAUCCCUGGGAACUUCGGGCUGAAGGACCAGUCGCUCGCCCUCCGCUGGGUGCAGAGGAACAUCCACCACUUCGCCGGAGACCCGAACCAGGUCACGGUCUUCGGGCUCAGCGCAGGAGGAGCUUCCGUUCACUACCAGAUCCUGUCGCCGCACAGUGAGGGACUCUUCCGCCGGGCGAUCAUGCAGUCGGGGUCGGCGCUAUGUCCGUGGGCGAUGGGUGGAAACUUCAGGGACGUGGCGCUGUACACGGGGGCCCUAGCUGGCUGCCCCGCCUCCGACAGUCAGCAGCUACUGGAGUGCCUGCAGGACGCCGACGCAGAGGUUUUGGUCAGCGUCGUGUGGAAGCUCAUGGCGUUUCACAUCAACCCCAUGAUCUUGGGACCGCGCGUGGACAAGGAUUUCGUCCCGGAUAACCCUUAUAGACUGGUGAAGGAGGGACGUCACCAGCACGUCGAUGUCAUUUCGGGGGUGACGGCGCACGAAGGAAGUCUCUUCUCUAUAGGUAUAUACAGAAAUGAGGAGAUUCUGGAGGACUUCAGAAAGAACUUCUCCGUCAAAGGACCCAUCAUGCUCGAGUUCAGAGAAGGGGACGUCGAUCUGCUCGCCACCAGUGAAAAGAUCUUCCGACACUACGCAGGCACAACGCAUAUCACCCUCUCUCAUGCAGAUGCAGUUAACGAGAUGUUGGGUGAUCGUCACUUCCGUCUGCCACACGACAUCACCACUGAUUACCUCGUCCACGGCAACACUUCGAUCAAUGUCUAUACUUACAAAUUCACACAUCGAGGGGAUUUUACAAUGCCUAUAUUCCCGUCACUGCUCAGCGAUAAGCUCUGGGUGGGUCACGGACAUGACAUGGCGUACCACUUCUCCGGGUGGCUGCCUACUACCGACCCGUCUCCCGCAGACCAAAAGAUGAGAGACAUAAUGGUGAAGCUGUGGGUCAACUUCGCCACCACUGGGGACCCGACGCCUGAUGACAGCUUGGGCUUCACGUGGGACCCUACGACCCAGGAAACAAGACAUCAUCGCUUGAACCUCAAUACUAACCCUGUUAUGGAGGAGGAAGGUCGGCAGGAGGUCUUGGAUUUUUGGGCGACUCUUCCGUUGUUGGAGAACGUCAUCCUGGACCCUGGGAGAGUCACCGAUCUCGGACGCUAUUGGCUGGAAUUGACCAAUCAGGUAGCUCAGCCGCGAGUCAGAUCGGAGAACGAGGCGUCCAGUAAGCCAACCAAACAUCGCGUUCGAGAUGAGCUCUGAAGGGCACGCAUUUUAUUUCUGGAUUAAUUAAAAAAAAAAAAAGAAGAGUAGUUUGCUAAAGUUGUAUAAAGGCAAUUUCCAGAAUAAAUAUACGAGUGGGA